GUUAAUGCAAAUUGCACUAUAUUUCCGACCACUGGAAUUAUGAUUACGAAUACGGUUUUCCAAUGCAUGUGUUAUCAUAAAUCAAAUCUCCCUCUGUCUCAUUUAUACAACAUUUCCCACGUAUUUCUAGUGUUUUUGAAUCCGUAUGCGAUUGAAAACACCCCCCUGCUGCACGUUUGAAGCACGCGACGCACGUCUAGCUGGAAGAAGUUGAGCACCAGAGAGAGCUUGGAAGGAUGCAGGGAAGAUGGCGAUGAAUGUAAAGAACAGGGAUGCUUUUUAUCCAAGUGCUGACUAUUGCGAUAUCUACACCUCUCAGCCUGUAAACUAUGGAGACUGCAGCCAUUAUUUCCCUCGGAUGACAGGUCCAGAUACCAUUCUAAAACCACCUCUUAGUUUGAUAUGUCAGCAGCCACCUCAGCCCUUCCGGGCCAUGACCCCAACCCAGAACCUUAGUCCUCCACCGAUGAUGAUGUCGCCGGACCCCUUGCGGUUCCCACACUGCUCUCCUCUAGCCAUAAAGCCGCCACCUCACCUCCAGUUGCCGCCCAACCCACCCAUCCCAGCGCCCCCCGUCCUCAGUCCCAAGCCCCCCGAAGAAGACGGUCAGGCAGUGGGUGCUGACCCGGAAGCCACUCUGGAAGAGCUUUGCAAGCCUCUGUACUGUAAGCUUUGUAACGUCACUCUCAACUCUGCCCAGCAGGCUCAGGCACAUUAUCAGGGGAAAAACCACAGUAAGAAGCUGCGCAAUUUUUAUGCUGGUAGCCAGCAGCCACCUCCAAUUAGAAUACCAGAGGUAGUAGAGCCUGUUUCCCAGCAACCCUCAGCAACUCCACCCACAGAUUCUGCAAAUGUGACUGCCAGCCAGCCACUUUCUAAGGGUGCUAGCAGAGUCAUACUGGCCACGGAAAAUGACUACUGCAAGCUAUGUGACGCUUCCUUCAGCUCCCCCGCUGUGGCCCAGGCACACUAUCAGGGCAAGAACCACGCCAAAAGACU